AUGUACAACAACUCGCCAUCAGACGCUUCAGGCCCGUCCUCGAGACCAAUGGCUUCUUCCCCGACACGCCCAGCCGCGACUGUGACUGGCGCAGGAACAUCCUCCUCUUCCUGUUCCACCAGUACCAUUCAUCGCUCUCCUACCUCACCCACAGAGAAGACCAAGUCUGCAUCACAUGAUGACGCAGCUGCCGAAGAUGUGUCGGAUGCAGGAUCAAGUGGAGAACAGGAUGACAAGUCAGGCAAACCAAAGAAGAAGAAGGAGCCAAAGAAGCGCAAAGUUGGACAGGCUUGCGUAUACUGCAGGCGUAGCCACAUGACCUGCGACUCACAGAGACCAUGCACGAGAUGCAUCAAGCGUGAUAUUGGCCAUCUGUGCCACGACGAAGUGCCAGGCAAGGGCCAUGGUCAUGCUCACCAUGCUCUGCCGAAGAACAAGCCGGGUACAACUGAAGGAGGCCCCCAAGGCUCAGCUGCUGGAGCAUCCUCAUCUUCUCCUUCAGGCCCGGUACCCGUCACUGCCUCCGCCGUGUCCAAGGGUGGUCUCGGUCGGAUGUCGCCUCCACCGGUUCCACAAUCUGCCUAUCAGGCCGGUGGAGCCAAUGCAGCAGGUCGCAUGCCGGUCUCCGGCAAGCGUGCCCCGCAAUUGGCAGGGAGAGGCUCCCAGAAGUCGCCCCUCGGCGGAGCAAGCCAGACUGGAGGUCCCCCGUCUACCUAUCCUUUUGACAGCCCCUCUGCAUCGACGCCGCUCAACAAUGCCAACUCACCCACCAACCAGCAGACGGAUGCUCUGCAAGCCUACAUCACGGCAAUGCAGGCCAACCCUUCUGCCACAUCCGAAUUGGCUCGUGGCCUAUACACCUCACAGCCCACAGUCGUCAGCAGCGGCAAUCGCACCCCUUUGGCCGCGUCUGCAGCACCCCUCGCAGCACAGACUAUGCUCAUGAGACCGCCCCCCGAAGCGGGUGCAGCUGGGCGGCAGACGCUAGGAGGGCAGAGCUCAGAUGCACUAGGAAGCCUCGUCAGCGGCAACCGCAACAGUCCCUCUGCAGCCUCUCUUAGCGCCUUGUCCGCCUUCUCCCCGCCCUCGAGCUCCUUAACAGCUGGCGGUGGCGGCUCAAAUGUUGGACAGUACGGAGGAGGAAAUGGUAAUUGGCCGGUCUCGGCCGCCUCGCCUGCAGCCGCGGGACUUGGUGGUGCUGGCUUCCUUGGGCUUGGUGGGUCGCAUGGACCGGCAUUUGGCAGUCAAGGGAGAGGAGGAGAUAUCGCAGGAGGCAAUGAGUACAAUUUGCUCAGUGAAUUCCUCGAAUCUCUUGAUGGUCCGGGUGAUCCCUUGAUGGCUUCUGGCGGCCCCAUGGACACCUCUGCGGAUCGGGAUCCUUUUGCUCCAGAGAGCAAAGGAACAACACCUGUUCUAGAGAAGGCCUCGCCGUGGUCCCCUGCUGACAACAGCUCCAAGACACAGCAAUCUCCUACGACCUCACUGCGUGGAGUCAAGAGACCACGUAACGGAAACGCCGGCCCACGGGGUAGCAUCGCACAGACAAGUCAAGCGCAGCCGAGCAACACCACGGCCUCUGCAACGACUUCUUCGUCCACAGACCCUGCUGCCUUGAAAGGAUUCGCAACAUCUACAAAAACGGAGCGCUUCUUCCUCACUGCGGCCGAUCAAGUUGAUGGACCCAGGGACGAACGUCUCACCAAGGUCAUCCAAGCCAAGUAUGACGCUGGUCUUCUACGUCCCUACAACCACGUCAAGGGCUAUGCCCGCCUCAACUCGUGGAUGGACACGCACGUCUCCCCCUCCUCACGGCGGAGAAUCUUGAAACCACUCUCGGUGUUCCGACCGAGAUUCAGAGCAGUAGCUCAAUCACUCAGCGACGUCGAUCUCAUCUACAUUGAAGAGGCCUUCGAGCGACUGCUCCUCGACUACGACCGAGUCUUCUCCACACAGGGUAUCCCCGCUUGUCUCUGGCGGCGCACAGGAGAAGUGUACAAGGGUAAUCGCGAGUUCGCCGAACUGGUUGGAGUGGGUAUUGAGGAGCUCCGCGAGGGACGCCUCUGUAUCUACGAGCUCAUGGAGGAGGAGAGUGCCUGCAACUACUGGGAAAAGUUUGGAGCAGUUGGCUUCGAUCCGGGACAGAAGGCAGUCCUUACUUCGUGUGUCCUCACUCCCAGACCACAUAGAUGGCGUCCAAGUGCCGCUACCGCUGCCGCUUCGGGAGCUCCUUCCGGCGCAGCUACGCCCGUGGGCACUCUCACCCGCAAUUCGCUCAGUGGACCGAAUACGAAUGCUAAUACGAGCGGGACGGCCACGCCUGCACGUGGAGGAGCGGGAAGCAGACCCUUACCGGAAAACCUGAGCAUGACGUCCACGUCAAAAGAUAAAUCUUCAGCCCAACCACCUUCAGCUGCUAGUACCUCCGCUCCCGCUACUGCAGCUCAGCAAAAGGCGAACAAAGCAGGGCCCCGCCUGCCCCGCCGUCGGAGCAGCAGUGGUAGCAGUAGUGCUAGCAGUGGCAGCAGCGCAGGACCUCCUGCCGGGGAUGACGAUGAGCAAGGGGGCAAGGGAAGCAAUCCCAAUGUCCAGUGUUGCUUCUCAUUUACGAUUAGGAGGGACAGGUUUGGAGUACCGACGGCGAUCGUUGGGAACUUUUUGCCGAUUGCAUCGUAG